GAUUUUUGGUUCACCUAAUGAUGAUUUAAGCAAUUCAAACAUGACUUCUGAGUUCAAAAACAAACCCGAUGGCUGGGAAACAACUUCAAAAACACAAGAUGGGAAUAUAUGGGAGAUGUCACAAAGAGAAGAAGAUAUCUUAGUCCAAGAAUUUGAACGCCGAAUUGCUUUCAACAAAUUCCAGAUUGCCAGUUUUAUUAAAACCCAUAUAUUUAGUCGGAGGCGGCCCAUAGAUGGUUGGAAGUACAUGAUAGAGGAGAUCGGUCCAAAUGCUAGAAAAGGGAAGGGCAGUGUUUCAAGGUUACCUAGCAUAGCAGAUACAUCAACUCGGCCUUUCAGGGAGGAAGAAACAUCGUCUGACACUACCUUCUUCUCUAAUCUGGGGGGAACUGGAAGGUUUGGGAUGAUCACAUUGUGCGUUGUUCUGGCCGUGGAGCACUUGAGCUUGAGCAACAUUCAAUGUUAGAAAGUCUAAUAAAAUGAUGAAGAAUGAACUCGUAUCGAAGUAGAUAGCAGAGGUAAGCUGAUUUGGGAGUCUGAGCCUAACUAGUUGCAUCUGCAGGCUGCAAUGUUGCUAGUUGUAAUUUUUGUCCAACAAAUGAAAGUGAAUCCUUGCAGGUUAAGUAUCAUCAACAGAAUUCUCGGUAAAUUUUAUAGAUCAUCUCCUAAAAAAAGACGAGCAGAGCUUUCUGGCAUUAAAUAUACUUCCUUCGUCCCAUUAGUUGUCCAAAUUAUUGUGAAAAAUAAUUGUUCCAAAUUAGUUAUCAAUUUAUAAAAUCAAGAUAAAAUGAAUUGAUCUUUUCCA